AUGAGGACUGAGAAAUUGGCUGAGAUGAAAGGUGGUACGCAUAGUACGGGCUGGAUACGGCGACAGGUACAGCCUAAGGGUAACACUUCGAGAGAAAAAAAGGAAGAAUCUCAAAGCCCACUUUCCUUUAAUUUAACCGUUGGUACAGGUUUUUACAGUCCUGGUGGCCCGUUCUGGAAAUGCAAAGACAGGUGGGGAGGAUGGGUAGUCGACCCAAUUCGCGCCGGUGUUUACGUCGGCCACGCGUUCACACGGCGGACACUUUCAUUUUUGAGAGACGCGCUCACAAUAUUAUACGGCCUCUUUGUUAUCUCCGCACUUGGAGACCCGAUUAGAACAAAGAGAGAGCCUCCCGUGAGCUCACAGUAUGGUGCACCACCAGCAUCAUCCUACGGAGUACCAGACGUAGGACCAUCUGAUUCUUAUGGUCCACCACCAUCAAAUUCCUACGGUCCACCCUCUGACUCAUAUGGUGCACCUCCGUCACCGCCGUCGUCUUAUGGCGCACCAUCCGGACCCUCGUCAUCCUAUGGAGCACCGCCAUCGUCAUCUUACGGGGCGCCAUCAGGCGGCUUCGGAUCGAUUUCCGAUUCCUACGGGCCGCCGUCACUACCCUCCGAUUCUUACGGGCCGCCGUCAUCACCGUCCGAUUCCUACGGUCCUCCGUCACAUGAUCAUGGGCCGAAGGGUGUAUGGAAAAAGAAGUUGGUAUGGAAACCCGAAUGGAAGCAGAUAUGGAAAACAGAAUCGAAGAUGAUCUGGAAGCAGGAAUGGAAGAAGGUACAGGUGCCGGUUUGGAAGGAGAUUCAAGUACCUGCGUGGAAGGAGGUCAAGGUACCUGCCUGGAAAAAGGUCCAGAAACCUGUUUGGAAGGAAAUUCAAGUGCCGGCUUGGAAGGAGAUUCAAGUGCCAGCUUGGAAGAAGGUAUGGAAGCCCGUUUGGAAGGAAGUCCAAGUUCCCGUGUGGAAAGAAGUCCAAGUGCCAGAUUGGAAGAAAGUUUGGGUGCCAGAAUGGGUUAAAAUUGGCAUACCGGGAGAACACCCCGUAGGCAAAGAUCAUCAUGGUUGGCAGUAUACCAGCCACGAUCUCUGGAAGAAGAAAUUAAUAUGGAAGCCAGUCUGGAAGAAGGUCUGGAAAACGGAAAAGAAGCAAAUCUGGGUAAGCGACAAGAAAUUAGAAUGGAAAGCCGAAUGGAAACAAAUUUGGAAGACGGAGAAGAAGCAAAUCUGGGUGUCAGACAAGAAGCUGAUCUGGCAGGAAGAAUCGGUGCAAGUAUGGGUGCCUCAAAAGAAACAGAUUUGGAUCACGCAGAAGAAACAGGUGUGGAAAGACGAAUGGAAAAGCAAGUGGGUUCCGGCUUGGAAGGACGUGCAGGUACCGGCUUGGAAGAAGAUCUGGAAGCCCGUCUGGGAGAAAGUUUGGGUUCCCAUCGAGUCUCAUCACGACGAUGGUCAUCACGGUUACAAGUAG